CAGAGGUCAGGAAACGGCUUGGCCACAGACAGACAGCCCAGUCAAUUCAGCAAGUAGGUUCGGACGGGCUCGGGGAAAAAGGCCACCUUCCCACGCAUUUCUUCUGGGAAAUGGGCUAUCGCCACUCUGCUCUCCAACCACCACCUACCUUGCUCAGGAGUGCCCACGAGACGGACCGCCAUUCAACCAGGAGCAGAGUGGAGUUGGGUGCGGGCGACUGCGUGCCGCGGAAAGUGAGGGAGGGAAAUGGCUUGCUGAGCACCAUCGCGGCCACCAUCCUGCGAAUUGCAGGACAGAAAACGAGAAAACGAUAAUGGCCGCAACCCGCUUUUCCGCCCUUUAUUGUAGUCAGCUUUACAGAAACAAAAAAGUCAAAAACUGGCUGGACGGCUACGUCGAGGUCAAUGGCAGCAAGAUAACACUCCUAGACGAGCGAAACGAGGUUGUAGAGUCGCUGUAUCGGACGGGAAGGAGACUGGGGGAGGGUGAUGAUGUGGAGUUUGAUAAGUGGUAUUGUACGGUUGAGGGAGCUUUGCAGAAUGUGGGUGGGACGGCUCCUGUCGCGAAGAAGAUGUCGCAAUCAACCCCAAGAUACGACACGCCACGGACCCCACUCCCCGCCCCCCAAUCAACCAGCGUCCGCAAAAAGUUCUCGCUCACGGUAACCCCGCGCGCACCGACACCGAUCCAGGCAUCCUCCACCCAAGACGACGAAGCGCCGAUGCCUAGCCCACUCCCAAAGUCCAUCAGUCAUCGCGUAUCAGAACCUCUUCGGGAAAUAGAGCAACCUCACGAAACUAUCCGUGCUCGUGCCAACGCGCAACCACAAUCACAGCUACAGCUCCAAACGCCAUCGAAACCGGCAACGCCAGUCAAUCCACGUGCGCCGAGAAGUUCUGAUGAGCUCCUGCAGCUGUUUGGCAUGUCGGAUGAGGAGGAUGAUGAGUUGGACGCGCCUGUGCCGAUCGUAUUUGACGCUGCUGCAACUGCGGUGAUGCAAGAUGGUGUGCCGCUUGCGUCGGCGAGUCCUAGGUUGAAUGGCACUAAACGGCCGGCGGACGUGGGGACAUCAUUAGUAUCGGAGGGCGGGGAGGAUUUGGUGGUUUCAAAGCGCAGACGAAUCGUACCCAGCGUCGACGCCGUUUCAGAACCGCCAAAGAGCGCAUCAACCAUACCCGCGGUGAACCAACCAGCCGGAACUCCAUCUAAACCGUUAGUCUAAAAAAAAUUCGCCUCCCCCCAUUCGUAUAGCACGGCGUAUCACAAAAUCAGACUGACUGACUUUUUGUAUUCUACACUCCAUUGUACAUACCUCGAAUACAUACACA